AUGGCAAACUGCAGUGUCGUGGCAUCCUCCCUCUUGGCUUUCGUUUCUUCCCUUGUUUUGUUGUUGCAUGUGGCAUCCGCAAACGACGUCGCUUCCACCAUCUGCCCGAAAACCAAAAACCCGGGCUUCUGCACGACCGAGUUGAAAACCGCGGGCAGCGCAGACCUCAAAGCCCUGGCCACCCACACCCUGAAUCUCGCCCGUAAGAAGGCCGGCGAAUCCGUGGCUCUGGCCAACGACCUCGCCGCCAAAGCCACCGAUCCUCAGCUCAAGGAACGCUACACCUCCUGCUCCAAAAACUUCGACGAAGCCAUCGGCAACAUCGAAACCGCCGAGAAGCACUUGGCCUCCGGCGACUAUAACGGCGUCAACCUUGCCGGCUCCGCCGUCAUGUCCACCGUCGACGACUGUCGGGCCAACUUCGAGACGGGCCCGGCCGACACGUCGUCGCUCUCCACUAACGGCAAGACUCUGGACGAUAUUUCUAGCAUUAUCUUGGUGAUUUCCAAUCUUCUCCUUCAGCCUGCGUAA